AUGUUUGUGAUACGACUAAGCGGGCUUCUUCAACAAUCGGAUGCUUCCUUAGGUAAGAUUCCACGUUCACGCAGCAGAGUAUUAGGCCAAUUGUUAGAGAAAGUCCGUCCUAAUAUACAAGAGAGGGAAAGAAGCAAAUCUGCUGCUGCUGGACACACUGAAAAGCAACUUUUGACUGCCCAAAUACCAGCAACCAAAAAAUCUUUUCUCACUAGCCAGCAAAUGAACAUCGAUAAAUUAGAAGCUCAAAUCAAAGAAAAGCUGCAUGAUAUAAUUAACAGAAGGCAAAGCCAGACAGCAACUAAAUCAGAUACAGAAACUGACAGAAAAAUGAGCAAAGAUGAUAGAAAAUUGAGUAAAACUGAUUUGGAAUCUAUAGGAAAAUUAAGUGCGAAGCAAAGAAUUAUGUACAAGAAGAUCGGUAAAAGUUGCGAUAAAAUUAAUGCCUGCAGUAAAUCGGACUCUGAGUCACGGAAGACAAAAUCGGAAUCAGAAUAUCAAAGAAUCUCCGAUGCUACAAGUCAGAAUAUAAAAUCAUUAGCCCAUGAAACUAGAUCCAGUCCUUGCAGUCCGAAAUUCAAAGGAAAAGCAAAGUUGCAUGUUAAACAACAAAAAAAGAAGGUGUAUCCUUAUAGUGACGGAGAAGACAAUGUAUUUUACUCGAUGCACGAUUCGGCUGAUUCCCUCAGUACUUCCAGUAGGCGUUCCAGUUUCGAAGGGCCCGACAAGACUCUUGUAGUUUUCAUCAACAGCAGGAACAAGAACAUGACUAUGGCCCAGAAGCAGAGGAGCUGGGAGACCUUUCCUCCGAAGCGUCGACACCACAUCUGCCAUCAGAAAUUAUCUGCGCCAACGCCGAUGGCACCUUUACGCAAGGCUGAUAGUUUCGAAGGUCAUGAGGAGGCAGUGAAAAGUCUUGUAGCAGCUGUUCAGGAAACAAGAAGAAAACCACGAGGAGGGGCUUAGACUCCAGUGUUUUUUCAAAUUAAGGAUUGAUGUUGAUGUAUAAAAAGUUGAUAUGGUAUUGUAACAUUUUGGAAUCAAAUCUAUAUAACCUGAAGUUGAUAGAAAUAUUUCAACUUGUAAGGUGGACAGUAUGAAGUCUAAGAUGUUCAUGCUCUGAGAGAUUAUACGUAAAGCGUAACAUAUCAUUGAUAUUGAGUACCAUCAUUAUUUCCUAUUAAUUGUUUGGUGGUGCAUUCAUGAGAUAUGAUUUACGAUUUACGUGUA